UCGACAAGUAUACGAGCAUGGCGAUGCAGGCGGACCAGAGGCGAGGGGGGCUAGAUCGCCAGGGGCCCCCGAUUCGCGACCUGGUGUGGUGUGGCCUGGAAAUGACGUGUGGAUCCCCCAGCCAGCCAGCCUAUCCAGCCUACCUACAUUUCAUCUUUAUCACGCCCCCCGACCGCAAUCAGCCAGUCUGUGCGUCUUGUCCUUCCUUGUCCUUGUUAUUUCGCGACUACCGACCUACCUACUUACCCACCUAAUUUUGCUUUCUCUCUCAACCUCAUCCUCCUCAUCCUUUUACAUUACAACAACGUACAUCUCUGCUUCGGGGUCUUCCAGUCCCUCGCAAGCCAUUGAUUGCUUGCUUGUUUGCUUGUUUGUUUGUUUGUUUGUGUGGUCCCCCGUCACCAUGCAUCCCUUCCUCGUAUCGCGUGCCACCGAGGGGGAGCCGGGCUCUGCCCGCGACGAACCCGGAUCCAAUUCUCUGUCGUCCAUGGUCUCCACCCUUGUUCCCACCCUCAUCUCUUUCGCCGUCUUCGUCACUCUCUUCUUCAUCUUCCGGGGAAGGUUCCGCCGUCUUUAUCAACCUCGAACCUACGUAGACAGUGUUGGCCAACAGCGAAAGACGCCACCUCAGGCCCCGGGCUUCCUUGGCUGGAUCAAGAGCUUCCGUGGUCUGCGCGACGAGUACAUCUUGGACCACCAGUCCAUUGACGGCUUUCUCUUUGUGCGCUUUUUCAAAAUCUUGAUCAUAAUCAGCUUGCUCGGAUGCCUCAUCACCUGGCCUGUCUUGUUUCCUGUCAAUGCCACCGGAGGAGCCGGUAGAACGCAGCUCGAUCUUCUUUCUAUGAGCAAUGUCGCGAGCGAUAGGGUCAACCGAUACUAUGCCCAUGCCCUCAUGUCCUGCAUCUUCCUGGGCCUUGUCAUGAUCAUCAUCGCCCGCGAGUCCUUCUACACGGUCAAUCUUCGCCAGGCCUACCGUCGCUCGCCUUGGGGGGCUAGUCGCCUAUCCUCAAAGACCAUCUUGUUCACCAAUGUGCCCAAAACCAUAUCCCAGGCUGAGCUCUUUGAAAUGUUCGCCGGCGUCAGGCAUGCCUGGGUUGCCUCAAACUGCAAGGAGCUUACCGAGUUGGUUGAAGAUCGGGAUGAGACCGCCACGAAGCUUGAAGAGGCUGAAAUCCAAUUGUCGCGGGAUGCCAACGACAACCGCAUCAAGGCCGAAAAGGGCAAAAAGAAGGCAUUCCAAUCUGGCGAGGGAGUUGACAAGUACGUCAAUCCCAAGGAUCGUCCCACGCACAAACUCAAAUUCCUCAUCGGCAAAAAAGUCGACACCAUCACCUAUGGACGCGAGCACCUCGCCGAACUCCUUCCCAAGGUGGAGGCCGAACAGGACAAACAUUGGAACGGCCAGGGCGACCUUGUCGGUGCUGUCUUCCUUACUUUCCAUACCCAGAGGGAGGCUCAGGAUGCAUGGCAGUUGAUGCAGAGGAGGAAGACGAAGCCCAACUCCAAACUGUCUGCUCGCCAGCUCGGUGUCCUUCCCCAAGAGGUAGUGUGGAGCAAUUUGCGCGUUGGCACUGCCGAGCACUGGGCAAGAUGGUUCCUCGUGUCUGCCUUCAUCACUGUUAUGAUCGUGUUCUGGGCUGUCCCGGUUGCUUUUGUUGGUGUAAUUUCCCAAAUCAACUAUCUCACCCGCCAGUUCAAGUGGCUCGAGUGGAUCAAUGAUAUCCCACCAGUCAUUCUGGGUGUCGUUACAGGUCUCCUUCCUGUCAUUAUGCUCGCGAUCUUGAUGGCUCUUGUGCCCAUCAUCUGUCGACUCAUGGCGAAACUAGCUGGUUACCCUACUAUGAGUCAAAUCGAACUCCAGACACAAUCGUGGUACUUUGCCUUCCAGGUAGUACAGGUGUUCCUUAUUACCACUCUUGCUGGUUCAGUGACUACUGUUAUCCAACAAGUUCUUGCCAAACCAGAUCUUGUGCUCACACUUCUUUCCGAGAAUCUGCCCAAAGCCUCUAACUUUUACAUAUCCUACUUCCUGCUAUUUGGUCUGUCUGCUGCCGCUGGAACGCUACUCAACAUCGGAGGGUUUGUUACCGUGGUCCUGCUCGGACGUAUUCUCCCAGGGAAAACGCCCCGCAAAAUUUUCCAAAAACUGGUCAACUUCGCCGGCCCAAUGUGGGGGUCCGAGUUUCCCAAAUGGACCAAUCUGGGAGUUAUUGCCCUGAGUUACUCGUGCAUUGCCCCCUUAGUCCUUGGUUUCUCGACCGUGGGCUUCACGCUUAUUUACCUUGCCUUCCGAUACAAUUUCAUGUAUUGCUACGAGAACAAGAUUGACACUCAGGGAGCUGCUUAUUCGCGUGCUCUCCGUCAACUCAUCGUUGGGGUAUACAUUUCGGAGCUGUGCUUGAUCGGUCUGUUUGCCAUCGCCACCGGGAAUAACACAAUGGCCGCCGGCCCCUUAGCUAUCGAAGCCCUCCUUCUUGCCUGCACCAUUGCUUUCCAUCUUACCGUACGACAGUCUCUAAAGCACCACGAAGCACGUCUUUCUUACGUCGAUCCGGUUCCUUCAGCAACCCACGCCGAGGAUGGUUUCACAAACGACAAGCAUGGUGCCACUUCGCAUGGCAAUAGCAAUGCCACUGCCUCCGCCAACAACGCCGCUCCUCGACCCUCUAGAAUCCCAGGUUUUCUUCAGAAGAUCAUCAAUCCUGAACGUACUUCCGUCGCUAACCUGGGCUCCUCCCUUGACCAAUUCUAUCACAAGCCUCAGGAGCCCCUUCCCGAAGCGAUACAGAAACGCGCUUACUUCAACCCGGCUAUCACCUCUCCCACUCCUGUUCUGUGGAUUGUACGCGAUGAUAUGGGCAUAUCAGAGAGAGAGAUCCGCGACACUAAGAAGGCCGUUCCUAGCCUUGUAAUGACGGAUGAACAGGCAAUCUUUAACGAAAAGGGCAAGGUGGAGUGGAAGGGUCAGGAUGAAGGCAAAGCGAGAGAUGCGCCUGUGUGGGAGGAGAAUAUUGUUUAUUAG